GCGGUUGUCAAAAGUCUCCAGUUACGCUGAAGCCUCUCAAGUAUCCAGACCCGCACUUCUGAUCCGAGUGAGGCGCGCGUUUGAGGGAUCACAGUUAGGAAUAUAUAUGUUUAUUGAUUGUGUUAUAACAUAAGACAUACUACUGGUAGGAGAACUUCGCGGGUUUAAAAACUCGUCGAAUAUUAAACGACCUGGAAGAUAUUGACUAGAAGCCGUGAGGGGAUUGUGUAAACAAGUUAGUUAAUUUUUGACAUGGAUUAUGCGAAUUAGAUCUUCUGCAUGAGUGUCUAUAAUAUUCAUGGAGAAUACAGUAUGACUCCUGUAACAAAUAACCCCACUGUGUAAGGGAUGGGUACGGGAUUCAGUGCAGUAUGUUCAAGCAAACGGUCCGUUAUCAUCUCCAACAGCAUAAAGGCGGUUAGGCGGGACCCAGAUGUAGACCCGGACGACACACCCAUCAGAACCCCCAGUAAACUUCAUGCUUGUGAGUCGCGCGACUCUGGCAUUGUCGAAAACGAGAUUCCUCAUUAUCUUAGCUUCAGUCGUCCUGAUGUGAACAUAGAAGAUGAAAUCUUUGAAGAUGAUAGCCGAUCAAACAGUGAUAAUUCUGAGGAAACCGUGUAUAGGCUUGAACAAUCAGAAACUAAACCAUCGCGCCCUCAUUCUUGUCGUCUCGGGAACCGUGGUAAUACCGCAAAGAAUAGGGUAAAUAAAGACUCUUUUGUAGAGGAGGACAGAUUAGUCCGUUUAUUACGUCAAACGAAAUCAUCCAACCAUGAAACACCUGAAGACGAUGGAGUAAAUGAAUUGGAUCGAGAAGAUAGUUUUUAUCAAGGAUUUCGAGUGGAGUCAGCUCGUAGAGGAAACAAACGCAAAAGUGCUAAGAGUUACAAGAGCGACGGAAAAAGAUCUACCAGAACAAUAACAGAUUUAAACAGCUCAUCUGAAAAUGAGGAUUGGAGCGAUUCAGAAUUUUGGACGAUCCCCGACGAGACGGACACAAUGUCGCCCGGGAGUAAAGGAAGCGGGAACCGAAAGGGAUGGGUAAUGGAAGACAAGACGGUCACCUACGAGUCAUCAGGUUCCACAACUCCAACCUCCACAAGAUCAGGACAAACCAUAGACUAUUACAAAAUUGUAAGUGAGAGCUACCAAAGAUAUGACGCCAAUCUGGCCAAGAAAGCAAGCGAGCGGUCCAUAUCGAGCAUCCUACUAAUGCCAGUUGACGGGUUUCAAACCCCUACUAACUCAGUGGAUUUACUAGAUACUUCGUUUAAUAGCUUUCCAUUACCAUUCCACUUGCAGCGGCGGAUGGAUGACCUGGUCACCGCCUUUCUAGAUGCCCUACAAGAACGACAUGUCCAAGGUCGACUGACCCAGAGUGAAUACCAAAACGUCAUGAAAAAUCUCCGCUAUCAGUUGGUGGAGUUUGUUUUCACGUGUAUCACUAGUGACGUCACGCCACGACUGGAGGUCACGGCUAACCCUCAUUCUGAUGCAGAGACAGAGUGGAGUGUUCAGAUUCAACUGAGGCCUUCCGACGAACACAUUUUGCAAACAUCGGAAAAACAACUCGCCAGAAAGCUUGCAGAGAAGGGAACUCGCAUAACUCGAGACGAUAUCAUAUAUUUGCUUGGAGAUCACCUUAGAACGAUCGAACAACUACAGCACGUACGUGAUAAUGAGCGAUGUCUAACUAACAAAUCUGAGGAGGAACGAACGAUAGGAAACCGGAAUAAGUCUGCACCAGUAACACGAAAGGACGCUGUGAUGAACGCCAAGAGGAAGAAGACCCCGGUCUCAGAAUCCGGACGACCAGUUAAACCGGACUCUGUGUCGUCUCUUAGACGGCCCACUCCAGGAACGAAAUUAAAACCAGUAAAUGGGAAGCCUCCAAAGAGCCCCCACAAAGAUUUCCAAGCCGACUCCGACAGUGAUGCUACAAUAGGAAACCAAUCUGAUACGGAUUUGAAUUCUCCGGUUACGACGCCUGUUAUGAGGAAAAGCAUGUCAUUGGAUGAAAGAAAGCUGAACAAGACCAUUACACGAUCGUUAAAUCCCGAAGACAAUCGAACUGGACUGGCUUCAGAGGUCUCGGGACAGAUUUGGCGGGAACGAGCCAAGCUGUCCGCAGACGACAUUUUAAAGCUUUUGAACAGCACUCGCGACCGGAUGUAUUGUCAUAGUAACGAAGAGAACACGGAAAAACGGACUAAAAGUCAUGAAAAAACACGACCACAUACAGAUAAUACAACAAGCAAUGAACUUCUGCGACUAGAUAGGGAGUUUAUAAAAGAAAUUCGCCAACUAAUCCAGAGGAAUGCCAUCACAAGAAAGGAUCUAGAGACCCAAAUAGUGGCACAUAUGAAGAAGACUGGGAACGUUAGGGUGAAAGCGAUCUCAGUUGGUCCCGCACCCUUGAAACACACCCGCAGUCUGAAUGAUGCAGUUGGUGACACCCGUGCUGAAUCUUCUGCUAACAGCAGCAGUAGCCGACGAAGUGAGCCGGAUAUGCGCAGAUGGAAACAUGACUUAGACGAGAGUACACGACAGAAUGGUUUACUAAACCAGAGAGUGAUGACCGGAAAGAGACGAGCAGGGGCCCCACAAAUGACAGGUUUAGCACCAAUGGAACCGUUGUCAGAAGGAGCUGAAGAACAUCAUAUGCUUACAAGAGUGGAAGAGAUUGAGGGUAAGAGUAGCGUAAAGAGUCGGCCAGACAGUGGAAUAGCUGUCAGCAUGUCCUCCGGAAGUUACUCCAGCUACUCCAGUUCCGAGGCCACAAAAGAACCGGAAACAGAUGACAUCGACGAAGCUUGCCUUACGGAAACACCUGAGAUGAUUGACCGAGUGGAGAAGGUCAAACCCGAAAGUCAUAGUGACGUAAAGAGCCUUGUUGCUGCCAUUACCAAAGGUCUUAUGACACAACAACUAAAGGCACAUGCCUUGUACUGCUGGCUAACAAGUCUCGACUUAUGUAAGCCACCAAAAGGGAAACAUAAGUCCAUAGCGCCAGCUACAAAAGUCAAAAUGUUAGCUGAGAAGAAGAUGUCGUAUGCACAGCUGUAUCAGGAGCUUUGCAAGGCGGCAGGGAUAAAAUGCGAGAAAGUCGAUGGAUAUGUGAAAAGUCAAGACUAUUUACCAGGAAACACUGUCCAGUCAUCCAAAUUUCAGCACACAUGGUGUGCUGUUCAGCUAGAUGGCCACUUUCGAUUAGUCGACCCACAGUAUGGAGCCAGGCGUGACAAAGAGAAUAAACAUGAAAGAUUCUAUAUGGACCACUACUUCAUGACCUCGCCUGAUAAUUUCUUGCUCUCGCAUUAUCCUAAGGAAAAGAGGUGGCUUCUGAUGAAUCAGACAUAUUCAAUUGAAGGAUUUGAGUCAAUGGUGAAAACGUGGCCCGCCAUGUUUCACUUUAAUAUCCGUCCAUUAAGCAUGAAGUCUGUGAUUCGGACUUACGAUGGCAAACUAAGCAUUACUGUUUUACUCAGAAACGUAGCUGUGAAUCCGUCCCUAGAGUAUGCUGGUCCGGGGCCAGAACUUGAUGCUUAUAGUCUAAAAGAGAACAUUAUUGAAGAAAUUAGAGAUGUUGAAAACGCUGAAACCUUCCACAUAACUUUGCCACAAGAAGGAAACUAUUAUUUUACGUUAGAUGCCCAUGUUCUGGAAGACGAAAUUGAUGUGCCAGUAUUUCAGUGUAGAAUUGAAUAUGUUGACGAACUGCUAUAAUUUUGCCAUAUUAUUUAAUCCAACAUUUAAAUUCACUAAAUAUGAACUUGAAAAUCAAACGAUUGAAAGCGUACGACUAUAUAAGUGCUAUUGUGAUCCCCAUUUGAAUGAAUAUGAUAUCAUCUUCCAAUGGAAUGUCUUUCUGAAAGACUGUUAUACAAUUGAUAUAUUUUGAUAUGCCCUAGGCAUUGGUUGUUAAGGACGUACCGAUGUAGUGUGACUGUUACUAUCAUAUACCAUUAUCAGUAUUUAUUUUCAUCCAUUUAUAUCGCUGUAAGUUUGAACUACAGGUUACAAACGUUCUAGUAUAGUGAAAGUACACUAGUCUACCGAUUCUCUCAUGUAAUAUUACUUUUCACGACCAGAAUGUAGUUGCCCAGGAAGUACUACCAUUUUGUUGUUCUCGAAGAUAAGCUAGAUUUGCUAGAUAUGCUUAACAUCUUACUAAAGGUUUGUAUGAUAUACUAGUGUAAAACUUGUACGGUACCAAUUUUGAUGCACCAGAUGCUAGAUAUCAUUUAGAGGACAACGUUGAUUCUGAUUUUCUGAAGUUCAAACUAUGUGCGAAUUGUUAUCAUCGGAAUGGAAGUUUUUUGUUAGAAAUGCAUAUUUGGUGCCAUGCAAUAUUUGUUAAGUUUUUUCCUACGUGUGUGUAUGUAUAUAGUUGUUUUUUCCCGAAAUCUGGAACAGGGACGGGUUGAAUAUUAUUUUGUCUAAAAUAAUUAGCAUCUUUACCACCACAGUAUUUGAAUAUGUAAAAUAAACAACGUCUUGAGUGCUCUUGAAGACAAUCUACAGUCAAUUUUAUUGGUAGGUAGUAAAGUGAGUGUGAUUUUUGAGUAGUGCUCUCUUACCAGCUACCUAUUGACUGUACAUUGUUUUCUCUAUUUAGUGUGUACCUUUCGAUAAAUUCAUAACAAUGUAUUUCGUGUGACUUUCGUUUCUUUGUAGAUGAUAGCCGUAACAAAAAUUGUAAUACAAUACACAUCUUGUUUUUUUUUUUUUUUUUUGUAAAAAAAACAACAAAAAACUUUAAAAAACCAAAAAAAAAAUUUUUGAAUAAAACACACAUUUUGUAUGGUUUGCCAAAUGCAUAUGUGUUUCGAAAUCUACUUUCCAGACACAAAGCCCUGUCUACUGCAUUGUUACAUCGUUUGAAAGUAAUGUUAUAGGGGUUAACAAACUCUUAUUAAAAUGUUUAGGCGUGAGAUGAAAGUAUACUAGUUAAUUUAAAGAGUGAAUGAGAACGUAAAACAGGCGAUUAAGGUUUAUUAUUCUGCAAUGCAAAUGUAUACGUGAAUAAGAGUUUGUGAUGGAACAUAAUCCUUUUUUUAUAAUUGAACAUCUAAACUUACCUUAUUACUACGUAGAUCUGUCAUUUGAAAAGGUGUUUUUGUGAAAAGGUGAAAAUUGGUAUAAUUGUUUUUGUAUUAAGGAGAGCCGAUUGUUCGACUAGGCGGGGUGUUCAUGUGCUUGAAGAGUAGACUGAUCAUAUACCUCAUGCAGCUUAUGGUUAUGUGUUACAUUGUGAAGUAAAAAAUCACGUGAUUCAUUUUGGUUAAACAUUGUUGUUUCUGUUGAUGCAUUUAAGAAUGAUUUUUCUAACGAAUAGUUUAUAUAUUUACUUCAAUAUCGUCCAUUCUCUGUUGAGCUGUGAUAAACUUUGAUUUUACAAUUCAUUGUAUAUAUGAAGUAUCAUAAAAUUGUUGCCUCAAUAAACAUAUUUUGUCAUAAAAGUGAA